UUAGCUGCCAUCCCUAUACUGUGCUUAUAUCCCUCCAGCCCUCCCGCUCCGACCUACGUCGACUGCUCUUCCUCCCUGUCACUCGCUCCUCUGCUUUCCUCGCUACUUCCCUAGCCGCCGCUCCACCAGCACCAGGGCUUCACGCCCAACGACGGCUUGGCCCGCAGCAAGGAAGCAGCGUGGGCCGUGACUAGCAGCGUGGGCCGUGACUUGCAGCGUGGGCCGUGACUAGCAGCGCCCGCAACGGCUCGUCGAAUUCAGCCUCGGACAGUCUCAGCGCCCCAGCCACAGCCGCGACACGCUUAGUUGCACGCCUAGUUGCGAGCGUAGUUGCCUGCCUAGUUGCGCGCCUAGUUGCGCCUAGUUGUACGCCUAGUAACUUGCAAUCAGGCGCACGUCCUCUCAGCGCCUUCCCGCCGUCCCUUUCUCAUUCAACGCCUCCUUCUCCGCCGCCGCUCCCUCGCCCGACGUCCUGCACGCGCCCCGCUUUCUCAAGCCACGCUACUUUCGCCGGGGCCUUAGCCGCCAUGAACUCCGUCCGGGCGAAGCGCAGCGCCGCUCCUCCAAAGGCACCGCGCGCGAGACGCUGAGCCGCGCGGCUGUCGGUCUGGUGGCGCUAGCGGUUGGCGUCUGCGGGCGUGCUGACAGUCAGGAUAGCGCCGGCGUGACAGGAUCUGUUUCGGCGUCGCGCGGCAUAGUAGCAUGGGGUCGGGUAGCAACGGGCAGGCAGCGCGGCCUGGCAACGGAUUGGCUGGCGGGCACAGAGCCGGCAGACGCAGCAGCGGCGGGCGCAGCGUGAGCAGCGGGGAUGGCGGUAAUGGCGGUAAUGGCGGGUCGGGCGCGGAGGGUCCCGCGGGUGAGAGGCGACGGGAGCGGUGGUGGUCGUUGCGCACGCGAGCGCGGCCUCUGACGGCGGAGCAGCUGGUGUUCGCCAUCGAUGUCUUCCAAAACGGCUUCUGGGUGCUCUCCUGCUCGCUCAAAGACCUGAGCGGCACCAAGCCCUACCACCACUUCUUCACAGUGGCCACCGGCUUUCCCCCAGUCGACGGCCCCCCGGGCGCCUUCAGCCGCGCCAAGCGCGCGCGCGCGCCCACAGAGUACGAGCUGCCGGCGGAGUGGGUGGAGUCGCUGACGCUCAGCUGCGUGGCCACCAAAAAGGGCCACCCCGACGUGUCCCUCGAGCUCUCCGCGCCGCCAUGCCGCGCGUGGUUCGUGCCCGCGCAGGCGUCCUUCCCCGCCGUGCACUGCAUCCAGUUCCGCGGCCGCCUCCAGCAGAAAGUCGCGCCCGCUGCAGCACGGGAAGAACGGGCGGGCUUGGGGGCGCAAGAGCAGCAGCAGCAGCAGCAGCAGGCGUUCUCGGAGGAGUUCGUGUGCACGCUGGAGGCGCGGGAGCGGUUCGGGUCGAGCCCAUCCGACAACCAGUGGCACGUCGUGAAGCUGUCUGCGCAGCUGGGAGGAGGCACGGGCGCUAGGGGGGGAGGGGCGGGGGAGAGCAGCAUGGGGCUAAGCAGCAGGUGGGGCGGAGGAGCAGGAGGGGGGGACUAUAGCGGGUCUGCAAGCAGCGUGAACGUGCAGGGGUCCCAUGGGCAAGCGUCGCACCGCCGCAGCGGGUCGUUGCGGCUGCCGUGGUCGCUGUCAGAGUCGCGCACAGGCAGUGGCAGUGGCAGCGGCAGGUGGGGCAGAAGCUUGAGCAUCACAGGACGGGGGUGAGGAGGUGCAGCUAGGAGGAACGCGUGGCAUGUGCUGUAGAGCGCGUGGAUGGAGGUGGUGGUUACCAUAUAUUGGGGAGUUAAGGGCACGCAGCAGUGGUGGACAUGUGCUGUGAAUAGAUGGCCAGGGGUAAAUGAUGCUGGCGUUGGCCCACGCGGUGCACUCAAUGGUGGUGGGGAGGAGGAUGCAUGGCCGGCCGUGCACGGCAGCACGUGAUGGAUGCGUUUGCAGGAACCACUGCGCUACUCCACGUGCUCAAGCACGCUCACUGACCUCUCUUGUUUCCGUCGCACGGCAGAGCUGCUCCGUACAGUGCUCGGCAUUGCUACUGCUGGGCGCCAAGCAGGGUCUCAGUGUCAGAAGACUAGGAUGCUAGGAACGAUAGACGGCCAUGGAAUGGCGUGAGGGUUUAGCUAGGAGAGGAAGUUGACGAGAGAAAAGAGGUUGAGAAUAGAAGAGAGGGAUACAAGGAGGGGGGUUGAACCCCCUACAGUAGGUUUCAGUAACACCUACCAAGCCUACCAAUAAUAUAUCAAAGAUAUA